AUGGAUGAAUUCAAAUCGAAUUCAGAGCGUCCUCAAACCUCUCACAUUCUCAAUCAAUUGAAAUUCAUAAGACGAAAUCUUGUCAAAUAACCAUAAAAACAACAUAAAUAUACUAGGUCACACUUAGUACCAGCAGAUAUCAACAAUAUGAAAUAUGUGCUGUCCCAAAGGCAAAUCUUCGGAAACUUCUCUUCUUCUGUAACAUCCUUCAAAGGCAAGGCUAUAUCUUAAAGUCAAAUAUAAUAUGACGGAUCAUUUUUGAAUAGAUUGCUCCCAAAAGAAACAAUUAGAAAUCUGAAUAAUUAAUCAAGAAAAAUAAUACACUCUUCACAUUGUUUCGACAACCAUAAGAAAGAAUGA